CACAUUUUUGUUUUCCAGUUUAACUUCCGAGGAAUUAAACUUCACCGAAAAGAACUCUAUACUUCGUUAUCACUAGCCAUUGCUUCGUUUCUUUUUGGAGCCUUAACCAACGACUUUAUUUCGAUUAUUAACGUGGAGAUGCCAGAGAACUCGACUCACGAAUUUACAUUUUCUAUCCUGGUAAGUAUAGGAGAUCGCAAAUGACAAACUUUCGGGAAGUUUCAGGAUCUUUUCCAAACACGCUCAUGUGGUUCGCUGAUGUGUAAGUCUACCCACCCAAUUAAAUAAGCAAUCCAUAUAUAAAAGAGAAAAAAAGAAAUGACAUUUCUGACAGACAUCAUCAAAAACAAAAAAUUCAUUUAAUAGAAGUUCGCUUUGUAUAUUGCCAGGGACAUGGAAUUUCAAGCUGACAUACUUCUGACAUAUUUCUUCUUUUUAUGUCUAAAGUUACUGCACUGUGCAUCUUUUGCAUUGGCUCUCCUUGGCUUCAUUUACAAUAAUCUAGCAGAAAAGGAAAUUGGAACUAAAAUAGGAAAAGUCUCAGUCGGUAAGUUCAGUUCAUUGGCUUCAGUGUGGUAUUAACAGAAGCGAACAGUGGCCGAAUUUAUACUAGAGAUGACCUGGGCCAGCGGCAUAUAUAUACGUCUAACAUGCAUCACAUGAGACGAACCUAAAGCUACGAUACAGUGACGAUAGAACGGGCAACACAAACAUGAAAAUUGUUUUGCAAUAUUGCGCGUUUUACUAGCCACCGACCUGUUUUGCAGCAAAUCAGACUGUUGCAGGUUACUGACAUUUGAUUGGAUAAAAUUAAGCGGGAGUCACACCAGACUUACGUCACUUGCAAUUGCUGCAAAACAAGGUAAAACGCGCGGAAUGUUCAGAUUUUGUCGCAAAACUGAGUAGAGCUACUCUCUACCUGCUGCAACAAAUUUUCGCAACCUGUAACAACCUGAUUUGUUGCAAGACAGGUUUAAAUGUGGCUAGUAAAACGCGCAACAUCUCUUUUCAACUCGUUAGUUUUGCAGCAAUGGUGCACUGUUUUUGUCGCCCCUUUUACCGUAUACCCUAAAGCCGGCUAGCUAGUGAGCGAGACUCUAGUGAUUAAUCUUUAAUCAUUAGCAUCGGGCUCGUUCGUCAUAUAUCAUGGCAUAUGUGAAGUUCGAUGUUUGACAGGGCCUUAACUGUAUGAGAUGCAUAGAAUGAUUUUACUUAACCCAUGAAAUGGAUAGUAGACUACUACGCAGUAUUACACUCCAAUUUCAUUGUUUCCUCUUGUUUCUCUAUCUGAAAAUGUCUUUUUUUUUUCAGCUUUAAAUUUGGGCUUAUUUAUUCCAAGAAUAAUUCUCGAAUUAGUUUUCAUUGAAUUCCGGCCAGAAGAAAUGGCGACAGCAACGUAA